GGUCUUUCUUGCACAGCUUCAACGUGUUCCUGGGUGAGGACUGGUUGGCUGGGGGACUUGCUGGUAGCACAGAAGCUUGUCUGGAGCUGCUGAUCUCUGCAAGGACCGGAUGUGGCAACGAGUGACCAGGCUGGUCCCCCUCUUCCUCCUCCUGUUCCCGAGGCAGGGUGCUGAAGCCUGCAGUACCAGCAGGUGCUGUUUCCAGGACCCGCCAUAUCCGGAUGCAGACUCAGGCUCAGCUUCUGGCCCCAGGGACCUAAACUGCUACCGGAUAUUCAACAGAGCUGGUUAUGAAUGUUCCUGGGAGUAUGAGGGCCCCACAGCUGGGGUCAGCCACUUCCUGAGAUGCUGCCUCAAGUCUGGGCGCUGUUGCUACUUUGCCACAGGCUCAGCCACCACGCUGCAGUUCUCCGACCAGGAUGGCGUAGACGUGCUCAAUGCUGUCACUCUCUGGGUAGAAUCCCGGGCUGCCAACAAGACGGAGAAGUCCCCCAUGGUUACCUUGAAUCUCUACAGCUCUGUUAAAUACGACCCUCCCCCAGGAAACAUCAAGGUAUCAAGGUCAGCAGGGCAGCUGCACAUGGAGUGGGAGACCCCAACCCGCCAGGAUGGUGCUGAGAUACAGUUCCGACACCGGACACCUGGAAGCCCGUGGAUGCUGGGCGACUGUGGACGUCAGGAUGAUGAAGCUGGCUUCGAGUCAUGCCUAUGCCCCCUGGAGAUGGACAUGGCCCAAGAAUUCCAGCUGCGACGACGCCGGGGGCCAGGGGUCCCAGGAGGUCCCUGGAGCAGCUGGAGCAGCUCUGUGUGCAUCCCCCCUGAAAACCCCCCACAGGCCAAGGUGAAGUUCUCAGUGGAGCAGCUCCGCUCAGAUGGGAGGAGGCAGGUGACCUUGGAUGAGCAGCUGCCCCAGCUUGAGCUUCCGGAAGGCUGCCUUGGGAACAACUCUGGAGUGGAAAUGACCUACCAUGUUCACCUGCACAUGCUGUCCUGCCCUUGUAAGGCCAAGGCCACAAGGACUCUGCGCCUAAGGAAAAAGCUCAUCCUCUCAGGCGCUGCCUAUGACCUGGCUCUCAUUUCCCGGAAUCGCUUUGGCCUUGGCCCCAACCAGACAUGGCACCUUCCUGCCUAUAACCAUUCAGGACCAGGGACUCUGAAUAUCAGUGUUGGAGCCAAUAGGACCACCAUGCAUUGGCCAGUCCUGGCCCAGGGCCUGACGUACUGCAUUGAGUGGCAGCCCCAGGGCCAGGAUGAGAGCCUUGUCAACUGUACCUUGAUGACACCCAAGGACCAGGACCCUGCUGGAAUGGCAGCCUACAGCUGGAGCCAAGCACUUGGGGCAAUGGGGCAGAAGGUGUGUUAUCGCAUCACCAUCUUUGCCUCUGCACGUCCAGAGAAGCCCACGUCAUGGUCCACAGUCUCAUCAACCUACUACUUUGCAGGCAAUGCCUCAGGAGCUGGGAGCCCACAGCAUGUGUCGGUGAAGAAACUCAACCAGGAUUCCGUGUCUGUGGACUGGACACCAUCUCUGCUGAGUGCCUGCCCCGGUGUCCUGAAGGAGUACAUUGUGCGCUGCCAUGAUGAGGACAGCGACCAAGUAUUCGAGCUGCCAGUGAAGCCAACAGAGACCCGGGUCAUCCUUCAAGGCCUGCGGGCUGGCACAGCCUACACGGUGCAGGUUCGAGCAGACACAGCCAAGUGGCAGGGCUCCUGGAGCCAGCCCCUGCGCUUCAGCAUCGAAGUCCCCGUUUCUGAGUUGCGCGAUUUGUCCAUCUUCCUGGCAUCUUUGGGGAGCUUCGUGAGCAUCCUUCUCCUGGGAGUCUUUGGGUACCUUGGCUUGAACAGGGUUGUAAGGCAUCUGUGCCCGCCCCUGCCCACACCUUGUGCCAGCACUGCCGUUGAGUUCUCUGACAGCCAGGGGAAGCAGGUUUGGCAGUGGACCAGCCCAGCAGACUUCCCAGAGGAGGUGUCCCCCCAAGAAGCCCUGGUGGUGAACAUGUCCUGGGACAAAGGCGAGGGGGUUGACCCAGACACACCUGGGCCUCUCAAGGAGAAGGUGGAGCUGCCUCUGGAUGCCCCUGAGCCGGCCCUAGACAUGGAGCUGCCCUUGGAGGACAGGAGACAGGCGCAAGGACGCCCUGAGCCCGGGACUCUGAGGCCUGGGUGGCACGGUGGUCUGGAGGGCAGCCCUGCCCAGACAGCUGGACUCCUGCUGCUCCUGGGAGAUCUAAGGCAGACUCCCAGGUUUGGUUCCCAGGGAGAAAGGGGAACAUCUGCCUCCUCUUACAGAGAGGAAGACUGAUGAUUGCAAUCACGAUGGCUGGUUAUUAAGCACUUACUGCAUAUCCAGCCUGUGCCGCCCAGACACUCACGUUAUGCCCUGAAUCCCCAUAACUGCCUUGAGGUAUGAGGCUGUCCUAUUUACCUAUUUCUCUGAGUCUCACCGAGGCUCAGAGAGGGUGAGUGCCUUGCCUAUGGCUACACAGCAGGUGCAUAAGUCGAACCUAGGCAGAGUGACUCCGACCCUGGCCACUGCUUCCAUUCACACCUACUCUGUCCUGUUGUCACACAUCCUGUGGUGGGAACCCUAGAAACCACCAUGAAAUGGAAGCUGCUACCCCAAGCCAGGGCCUGGCAUCCAUGGGGAUAGACUAGAGGGAGGCUCAAAGGGGUUCAUGGUGGUCCUGGGCUGGGCAUCCUGUACCAGAAGCACUGGAUGGGGAAUCUGGGUGCACAGGGUCCUCAGCCACAUUGCGGGGUCUCCAGCCUUGGAGGAUCUAGGUUUAGGGAAAAGAAGGGGGGCUCAAAGCAUUCUGAGGGAGGUGAUAGCUCCUCCCUGGCCUCAGUCUCCUUCUCUGUAAAAUGGGCCUGAGGAUAAUGUUGACCUCACAGAGAUGGGGGAGGUGUAAGGCUUAAUAAAUUUUCCCCCUGGAGUUCUCGUUGUGGCUCAGCAGAAACGAAUCCAACAGGAACCAUGAG